AUGGAAAAAAUCGAUAUUGAUUUUUUGAGUAAUUUGUUCGAAAUGAAUAACAUUAUGGAGGGAAAGAGCAUAAAAAAAUUAAUUGAAAUAGGAGGGGAUCAGGGUUUGUUAACAGCAUUUUAAUCUAAUGUUAAUGUAUUAAUAUUUGAUUUAUAACAGAAUGGAGUUGAUUCAAAUGAAAAUGUUUUAAGACUUAGAUAAUUGUAUGGAGAAAAUUUGCCUGUUGAAAGAGAAUUAUCUUCUAUAUUUUCUAUGAUUAUAGAGUGUUUUGGAGACACCAUGUUAUAAAUAUUAUUAAUCGCUGCAUUAGUCUCAACUGGGAUUGGUAUCUAUAAAGAAGGUAUUGAGACUGGGUGGAGUGAAGGAGCAACAAUAUUCUUUGCAGUAUUUUUAAUAGUUUCAAUUACUGUUGGAAAUAAUUAUGUUAAAGAAAGAUAAUUUCAAAAAUUAUACCAUAAAUUAGAUGAAUCAAAGUAAUAAGUAAUUAGAAAUUCCAAAGUAUAAUAAAUUGAUAGCAAAGAAUUAGUUGUUGGAGAUAUUCUUUUUUUUAAUAUUGGUGAUUUAUUAUAGGUAGAUGGAUUAAUGGUAUCUGGAUCAGAAGUGAAAAUGGAUGAAUCAACAGUUACAGGAGAAUCAGAUUCUAUACGUAAAUUACCAUAUAAUGAAAUAACUGAAUAUUUAAUGAUGAAAUCUAGUUAAUCUUAAUAAAUGAAAAAUAGUAAUUAAUUAAAGAAAUAGUUAAAAAAUGCAUCUCCAUUUAUGAUUUCUGGAACCAAAGUAAUGGAUGGCACAGGAACUAUGUUAGUAUUAACAGUUGGAUAAAAUACAUGUGCUGGAAAAACAAAAUUAUUAUUAGACUAAGAAACUCCUCCAACUCCAUUAUAAUAAAAAUUGGAAGGAUUAGCUGAAGAUAUUGGUAAAUUUGGUACAUUUGUUGCUAUUAUUACAUUUUUUGCAUUGUCAAUACAUUAAUUAAUUUUGGGAUUUAUGGGUUAUAAUAAAAUUUUGAGUGUAGAAACAUUACAAUUUGUUAUAUAAUCAUUCAUGAUAGGAGUGACUAUUAUUGUAGUUGCAGUACCAGAAGGAUUGCCAUUAGCAGUUACUAUAGCAUUAGCAUAUUCUGUAAAUAAAAUGAAGGAUGAAAAUAACUUAGUUAAAAAUUUAGCAUCAUGUGAAACUAUGGGUGGAGCUAAUACUAUUUGUAGUGAUAAAACAGGAACAUUAACAUAAAAUAAAAUGACUGUCACUGGAUUAUGGAUUGAAAAUGAUAUUUUUAUGAAUUAAGCUAUUUAUGAUAAAAAGGAUGCUUAAAUACCAAAAUAAAUGUAAGAAUUACUAGCUGAAAGUGUAACAUUUAAUUCAACGGCUUAUCCUACUAAAACAGAUACAGGAAACUUUAUAUAGACUGGAAAUAAGACUGAAUGUGCAUUACUUGAAUUAACAGAUAAAUUUGGAUAUAGUAUAUCUUUAUACAGACCUANAAUCUAUAUUUAAUAUAAUAGAUAGUUUUAUGAUGAUAUUCAAUAAUAAAGUGAUAAAUUUUUAUUUUUGAGAUUCAAGUUUAAUAAAGUAUUUAAAUGGAAAAAAUCGAUAUUGAUUUUUUGAGUAAUUUGUUCGAAAUGAAUAACAUUAUGGAGGGAAAGAGCAUAAAAAAAUUAAUUGAAAUAGGAGGGGAUCAGGGUUUGUUAACAGCAUUUUAAUCUAAUGUUAAUGUAUUAAUAUUUGAUUUAUAACAGAAUGGAGUUGAUUCAAAUGAAAAUGUUUUAAGACUUAGAUAAUUGUAUGGAGAAAAUUUGCCUGUUGAAAGAGAAUUAUCUUCUAUAUUUUCUAUGAUUAUAGAGUGUUUUGGAGACACCAUGUUAUAAAUAUUAUUAAUCGCUGCAUUAGUCUCAACUGGGAUUGGUAUCUAUAAAGAAGGUAUUGAGACUGGGUGGAGUGAAGGAGCAACAAUAUUCUUUGCAGUAUUUUUAAUAGUUUCAAUUACUGUUGGAAAUAAUUAUGUUAAAGAAAGAUAAUUUCAAAAAUUAUACCAUAAAUUAGAUGAAUCAAAGUAAUAAGUAAUUAGAAAUUCCAAAGUAUAAUAAAUUGAUAGCAAAGAAUUAGUUGUUGGAGAUAUUCUUUUUUUUAAUAUUGGUGAUUUAUUAUAGGUAGAUGGAUUAAUGGUAUCUGGAUCAGAAGUGAAAAUGGAUGAAUCAACAGUUACAGGAGAAUCAGAUUCUAUACGUAAAUUACCAUAUAAUGAAAUAACUGAAUAUUUAAUGAUGAAAUCUAGUUAAUCUUAAUAAAUGAAAAAUAGUAAUUAAUUAAAGAAAUAGUUAAAAAAUGCAUCUCCAUUUAUGAUUUCUGGAACCAAAGUAAUGGAUGGCACAGGAACUAUGUUAGUAUUAACAGUUGGAUAAAAUACAUGUGCUGGAAAAACAAAAUUAUUAUUAGACUAAGAAACUCCUCCAACUCCAUUAUAAUAAAAAUUGGAAGGAUUAGCUGAAGAUAUUGGUAAAUUUGGUACAUUUGUUGCUAUUAUUACAUUUUUUGCAUUGUCAAUACAUUAAUUAAUUUUGGGAUUUAUGGGUUAUAAUAAAAUUUUGAGUGUAGAAACAUUACAAUUUGUUAUAUAAUCAUUCAUGAUAGGAGUGACUAUUAUUGUAGUUGCAGUACCAGAAGGAUUGCCAUUAGCAGUUACUAUAGCAUUAGCAUAUUCUGUAAAUAAAAUGAAGGAUGAAAAUAACUUAGUUAAAAAUUUAGCAUCAUGUGAAACUAUGGGUGGAGCUAAUACUAUUUGUAGUGAUAAAACAGGAACAUUAACAUAAAAUAAAAUGACUGUCACUGGAUUAUGGAUUGAAAAUGAUAUUUUUAUGAAUUAAGCUAUUUAUGAUAAAAAGGAUGCUUAAAUACCAAAAUAAAUGUAAGAAUUACUAGCUGAAAGUGUAACAUUUAAUUCAACGGCUUAUCCUACUAAAACAGAUACAGGAAACUUUAUAUAGACUGGAAAUAAGACUGAAUGUGCAUUACUUGAAUUAACAGAUAAAUUUGGAUAUAGUAUAUCUUUAUACAGACCUACUGAUAAAAUUGUUAAAGUCUUACCUUUCAGUAGUAGAAGAAAGAAGAUGGCUACUGUUAUUUAUUAUAAAGGAUUUUUAAGAGUAUUUGUUAAAGGAGCAUCAGAAAUCAUUUUGAAUCAAUCAACUAAAUUAAUUGCAAAAGGAUAAGAACAUUUUUUAGAUGAAAAUAAAAAAAAAUAAAUUAAAUAAGAUGUUAUUGAUAGAUUUGCUUCAAGAUCUUUGAGAACUAUUGCAAUAGCAUAUAAGGAUACAAAUUAUAAAGGAACCCAACAUUAAUUAAAAGAAUUAGCAUUUAAUUUAACUGAAGAGGAGUUGGAAAAAGAUUUAGUUUUAAUUGCAAUAGCUGGAAUUAAAGAUCCAAUAAGAAAAGAUGUUCCUAAUUCAAUAAAAGCAUGUAACAAAGCUGGAAUAUAAGUCAGAAUGCUUACAGGAGAUAAUACUUUAACAGCUAUUGCAAUUGCUAAGGAGAGUGGAAUAUUAUCAUCAGCACAACCUAAGGAAUAUGAAUGUAUGGAAGGAAAGGAUUUUAGAGAAAGUAUUGGAGGACUUGUGACAUCUUAAGUAGAUGGUAAAAAAGUAUUAAGAAUUGCUAAUUAAGAAAUAUUUAAUAAAAUUAGCAAAUAGUUAAAAGUAUUAGCCAGAGCUACUCCUGAAGAUAAAUUUAUGUUAGUUACUGGUCUUAUUGAUCAAGGAAAUAUUGUAGCAGUAACAGGAGAUGGUACUAAUGAUGCUCCAGCAUUAAAGAAAGCAGAUGUAGGAUUUGCAAUGGGUGAAUCUGGUUCUGAUGUUGCUAAAGAUGCAGCUGAUAUUAUAUUAGUAGACGAUAAUUUUAGUAGUAUUAUAACAGGUAAAAAUUAUUCAUAUUAUUAUUAGCAAUUAAAUGGGGUAGAAAUAUUUAUGAUUGUAUUAGAAAAUUUAUCUAAUUUUAAUUGACUGUUAAUAUUGUAGCAUUAUUUAUGGCUUUUUUAGGAGCUGUCAUUCUAAAUUAAUCUCCUCUUAAUACUAUUUAAAUGUUAUGGGUUAAUUUAAUUAUGGAUACUUUUGCUUCUUUAGCAUUGGCAACAGAACCACCUAGUGCUGCACUUUUGGAUAGAUAACCAUAUAAAAGAACCUAACCAAUUGUUUCAGCAUAUAUGUAUAGAACAAUAUGCUGUCAAAGUCUCUAUUAAUUGGCUGUUCUUAAUUGUAUUUUAUUUCUUUAUCCUUCUGAUGAGGUAUUUAAUUAAUUAUUAUAAAUUAGUUGACUAAACUCAGUAUCUUUUUUUAAACUUUUGUAAUUAUGUAAGUUUUCAAUUCAAUAACUUGUAGACAGUUAGAUUAUCAAUCACUUAAUCCAUUUAAUAAUUUAUUCAAUAAUGGAAUGUUUUGGUUAAUAUAAUUAUUAACAGUAGCAAUUUAAUUUGCAUUGUUAGAAUUUGCUGCAAGUUAUGUUAAAGUGAGAUAAUUAACACUAAUUGAACAUUUGAUAUGUACAGGAUUUGGUGUUUUGGGAAUACUAGCUGGAAUAAUAUUUAAAUUAAUACCUGAAGGUUGUUGGAGGAAGGUACAUCUAUUUAAAGAGACAGAAAUAGCAGAGGAAAAUAUGGAUGCUACAUUGACAAGUUAAUUGAGAAGAAAAUCUUCAUAAAGAUUGCAUUCAAAAGUAAUGAUCAAUGUAAAAAGUGGAGAACAUAAAUGA